CUCGAUCAAUGAUAAGUAUAUGAUGUGUACAAUGUAUACCAGGAAGUUAUGACCGUUAACCAUUGGCCGUAAUUUCCAAUGGUAGGCCUACACAUAGACCACUUGGAUUCGCAGUGAGUGAGAAAGUGUUUGAUGCAGUUGUUUACCAACCUGACAGUAAAGUCUGGUUGGACAAUGCUGAGAGUUCAGAAGCUGGUCACGUGCUAUAUUUAUCACCAGCUAAUUAAAAGUCUGAUUGACAAGUCUCGUCUCAUUAUCGCCCAGUUAUGGAAACAUAGACAGAUUGUUCAUAUCAGUAUGACUCUACUGAGCCUGGUGGUCCUGGGACUGGUCGGCGGGUCUUUGGGAGGAGUGUCCCCCGAGAGCACUACUGCAAGCGGAACCCCGCGCAACUUGAGAGAAAUCUUCAUUGGAAGAUGUAUGUUCUACCAGGAGGUGGUCAACCCGGAAGCCUUUAGGAAUGGAAAGGAGAAGAAUUGCACGUCAUUGUGGCUGAAGUUUUCGCAAGCAUGGGUGGGAAAGGACCCGUGUCAAGUCCUUCCCAGCAGUUACGCUGCUUUUGUCAAAGAGGCAUACCAUGACUUACGCUCCGACAAAGCGUGUCUGUGGAGUAACCUAUACUCUUUCGUCACGGAUUAUGCCAAACGAGGAAAGAGAGUUUUUCACCUUGCUCUGACGUUGUCAGGAUACCUUGGCGACCAAAUCGUUUGGUGCGGCUCUACCACUGGCGAAGGUAUAAACUAUGAUAACCGUUGUCCUGGCGAAAACACGACCACCUGUCCUCAGGAGGCGGUGAAUUCUUUCUGGAGGGAGGUCUCCGUAAAGUACGCAGCCAAUCUAAACGGAACAGUCAAGGUUUUCUUGGACGGUAGCGGGCCACAGCCACCAUACAACCCCAACAGCAUACUCGGUGCUGACGAAAUCCCACAACUUGAGCCCCCGAGGGUGAAAUUGGUCGACAUCAUCGUCACCCAUGCCAUCGGGCAGAGUGCAAGGGAAACGUGUGAAAAAGGUUCAUCCAUAGAUACGCUCAAGGCACAGCUGAACGCGAGGAAACUAGAGUGGACUUGCCACGACAACCCUCCGUCCGUUCAACAUUACUUCUGCAUUGACCAACCGAAUGACAAGAAAUGCAAAUUUGCUUCCAGCAUCAACAGUUCUACGAGCUUAUCAAUGCCUUCUUCAUAUCAGGUCGUCAGUUUCAUGGUGCUCGUACUCACCAUUUUUGGCUGAUGAAAUAGGCAUUUUGAGACUUUCUCAAUCUCAAUACUUGACUUGCCAAACUCAGCUCGACGCCGAACUGCAGCGCCACUC